GGAAAGUAAUUAAAACGUUGAUAAAACUAAUUCAUAAUUUCAUAUCCCAAAUGUAUUUGAUAUGAAAUAUGUGUGCACUUGUUUGUAUUUAUCGCCACGAUUGUUGACCCCACCAGAUAGUAUAGAUGUACGAAUCGAUAAUCAUCGCAGAAUCUUCGACAAAAAAUAACCUUGGUCAAUAAGUAUACUACGUGAACAGAUAAAAAUCCCAAUGAUUAGGAAAUACCUCCGGCGAGGUUUUUCUUUAUUAGAAAGUACCUCCUUCCUAGAGUGCGGUUCGUGUCCGAGAGCGACGAAUUUGUUAAAUGUUAAAUAUUUCAAAUCGAAAAUGGGUUGCUCAACUUCAAAAGUAGUUCAAAUAAGCGAAACAGCACCGGCUCAAGACCAACCGGAGGAAUAUGUGGAAGGUGUCGUAUGCAGUGUUGAUGAUUUACAAGAAAAUGAACUGAAGACCGUCGAAUUGGAUGAAGGGAAGGUUCUUCUGGUCAAACAGAAAGGUGUCAUUAGUGCGCUAGGUCCAAAAUGUACUCACUACGGAGCUCCCCUAGUAUCCAGCGCUUUGGGCGAUGGAAGAAUUCGUUGUCAAUGGCACGGUGCUUGUUUCAACAUUCUUACCGGUGACAUAGAAGAUUUUCCAGGUUUAGAUUCGUUACCUUGUUAUAAAGUGACAAUAGAAGAUGAUAAAGUGAAGGUUCGAGCGAAAAAGUCGGAGCUGCGUACGAAUAAACGGGUUAAGCGAAUGGUAAAAAAGGAUUUGAAAGAAGACCAGCAUAUCGUUGUUAUUGGAGGCGGGCCAUCAGGAGCUACUUGCGUUGAGACGCUGCGACAGGAAGGAUAUACUGGGCGUCUUUCGUUUGUGUGUAAAGAAAAUCUUCUGCCGUAUGAUAGGGUAAAAGUUAGUAAAUCCAUGGAUUUCGAUGUUGAACACGCUUCUCUUAGAGAUGAAGACUUUUAUAAACAGUACGAUAUCGACGUUUUUAAAGGAGUCAAAGCUACUGCUGUAGAUUCAAGUAAUCAUAGCGUUACUCUAAGUAAUGGAAAUACAUUAAAUUAUGAUAAACUGUUCAUUGCCACUGGCAGUUUUGCAAGAAAAUUGAACGUACCUGGUAGUGAUUUGAAGAACGUUGUAACCCUUAGAGAAUAUACCGAUGCUCAGUACACUUUCUCACAACUUUCCGAAGACAAAGAAGUCGUAGUAUUGGGAAGCAGUUUUAUAGCGUUAGAAGCUGCAAAUUACUGCCAAAGUAAGACGAAAAAGGUAACAGUGAUAAUGAGAGGCGAGUUACCUUUCCAGCCACUUUUGGGACCAGACGUAGGAAAAGUAUUUAUGAAAUUGUUCGAAGAAAAGGGAGUACAUUUUGUAACUAAAAAUACUAUAACAGAAAUUAAAGAUGAUGGGAAUGGAAAUGUUACAGAGGUUAUAUUAAAAGAUGGUUCUACGCUUAAGGCUGAUUUAGUGAUAAUGGGAGUAGGGAGUACUUUUGCCACCGAUUUUCUUAACAACUCUGGUAUUGAGUUGCGCUCAGAUGGAUCGGUGGAUGCCAACGAAUAUCUUCAGUCUAAUGUUUCAGACGUAUAUGUCGGUGGUGAUAUAGCCUAUGCACCUGUUUGGUCACACAGUAAUAAGAAAUCCGCAAUAGGCCACUAUCCUCUAGCUCAUUAUCAUGGAAAGAUUGCUGCGUUGAAUAUACUUGGAAAACGUACCCCGUUAAAAGCAGUGCCUUACUUUUGGACUAUGCUAUAUGGAAAAGGAAUAAGAUAUGCUGGUCAUGGCGAGUACGAUGAUAUUAUUUACCAUGGUGAUGUAUCCCAGUACAAAUUUGUAGCGUUCUACUUAAAAGACGAUGUAGUGGUAGCGGCAAGUUCUUGCGGAAUGGAUCCCGUCGUUUCCCAGUUUGCCGAGCUUUUAGCACAGAACAAAAAAAUUACCAAAGAAGAACUUCAAGGUGAAGAUCUUCUAACCUGGAGGAAUAGGGUUAUUCCCCAAUAGACAAAUUUAUUAAUUGUGGCUUGUUUAGUCAUUAGCAUGAUAAGAUCAGUUGGUAACUUGACAAUGAAAAAAUAACUUUACUAGAAUCUGAAGGAAAUCUCGAUGGUAGAGAAGCCGAAGCGAGGAUUUUUGCAGUUACUCGAGCGAGUCAGAAAAUUACGUGGGAGACACCUUGUACCCUGUAAAUGUACCCCUACGAUAUAUUGGCUCUUAAUACAGGGGAGUUCGUUAAGGGGGCCGAAAAAAAAUCUAUCUUUAGAAAAACAGUGUUUGUACCUACAGUGCUAGUCAAAAGUCCGUACCCCCCUAGUAUAAUAGUGAAAUUUGGAGGGAGGAAAUAAACGGACGUAAGCUUCUUAACUAGUCAUGACAGGUGACGUAAUUAUGACAGAUGACUUUACAGCGCCACUGUGACAGAUAAUUUUAAAUGGGACCUUAUGGCAAGUGAUACCUAGUUUGAAAGGUAUUAAAAAUACCUAUUUAGUUAUACUAAUUUUGUAUGAGUUUAAGCUAAUUUUGAUGAAUAAAUGAAAUAAAUAUAAAAUUGUAGUUUCGCAUUUAAUUAAUAAAAGUUCAAAAUUCCGCAUAUGAUUACUUGUCAAAAAGGUUGACUUUGACGUAAAAACUACUAGAGAAUUCAAAAACGUCAACUUUUUUGACAAUAAAACCAUAAGCGGACAUUUUAAUUUUUAUUAAUUAAAUGCGAAACUACAAUAUUAUAUUUAUUUAAUUUAUUCACCAAAAUCAACUAAAACCCAAAAAAUUAGUAUGAUUGAAUAGGUAUUUUUGAAUACCUUUCAAACGAGGUAUCACUUGCCAUAAGGUCCCAUUUAAAAUUAUCGGUCACAGUGGCUCUGUAACGUCAUCUGUCACUAUUACGUCAUCUGUCAUGACUAGUUAAAAAGCUUACGUCGGUUUAUUUCCUCCCUUCAAAUUCGGAAGUCGUGACGUAACUGGAGACCGGCAAGUUCGUAAUGGUUCGUAAUCAUUCGUAAUGUCCGAUUACUUUGAAUUGUUCGCGGUUGUAAGCUAAGUGUAUUUUAUAUUUUAUUUUUGACAGUUGUUAUUUUUACAGGAAUCUCGACAUUAAAUCUUUUUCGAAUACAUUGAGGUUAAAUGUUAUGUUGCUAAUUGAAUAAUUUAAUCACAGAAUGCAUACAAAUCCCAUUUAACUAUAACAAUAAUUCAAAUUCAACUUCCGGUCUCUCAGUUACGUCAUCAUGCGCGAACUCGGACGUAUUUGAGAAGAUAUUCUUGUUCUCAUGAUCAUUUUUCAGUGCGUCACAGUUUUUCGAUUUCUCUCUAAUGCAUUAAGUUAGAUGAGACGGAAAAAGCGGUAGCUCCGUGAUUAAACACAAAAAUAAUGCAGCAUUAUAAUGGUUAUACAUAUACAUAAGAUGUCUAUUCCUAACCUACGUUUGAUUCGUUGAUAUUUAGAAUGCGCGUUUUUUCUAGCCAAUCAAAUACACGUAUUACGAACAUUUGACGAAAACUUUGUCCAUUUUGGCCAUUUUUUAGAAGUGUCAAAGAGUCAAGUGACGGUUAUUAUUCAGGUCAUUAUUUUGUGUACCUGUCAUUUUGAAAUUUCGAAUUCGACUUCCCUUGUGUUUCACAACGUUUUUGUGCAUUAUUUUGUGUUUUGGUUUAGAAUUUAGUUCGUUAAAAGUUAGUCAUUGGCGUGAGGAGGCUAGAGACAUUCAAGAUGUACCGAAGAGUGCUAAAUAUCUCAUGAGUAGAUAGAAUAGCCAACGUGGAGGUAAUGAGACUUACGCAUAAGGAACGAGAAAAACUAACAAAUAAGAAGAAAACUGAGAUAUAUGGGACAUGUGAUGAGAGAUGUAUAUCUAAUACUCCAGAUCAUUAUGCAAGAAAAAGAUCCAUAGUAAGGAGACGUAACUCAUGGCUGAAGAACCUUAGGAACUGGUUUGGAUGUAAUAAAAAUGAAUUAUUUAGAGCCGUGGUUUCAGAAAUAAAGAUCUCUCUGAUGAUUGCCAACUUUUGAAGCGGAGACAGCACCUAGAGAAGAAGAUAAAAACAUAGUUUAUGGAUAGUUUUGUGUCAUUUUUUAAUGUUUUCAUAUUUAUAAAUUUAAUUAACAAUAUUGUUUACUUUUUAAUUUUAUUCCCCUUUAUAAAAAAUACCUAUAUGUUAACAUAUUGUGUAAAAAUCAAAUCUACUAAAUUACUAAUUAGUUUAAUUCCACAAGCUUUUCACCUAUGGCUAAGUACGAUUCUGGCAUCUGUCAGAUUCGUCAAUAAUUACAUGAAAUAAGUCUCGACACACCCAAUACAGUAUAUGACGUCAUAAUUAAAGACGCACUGAAAAAUGAUCAUGAGAACAAGAAUACUAUCUCGUUAUUUAUAGUAUUAUGGGUAUUUGAGGCUACGAGAAGAUACUAUCUCGUUAUUUAUAGUAUUAUGGGUAUAACCGUUCAAAAGAUACGAGGGGGUACGGACUUUCGACUAGCAUUGUAUACAUAUUUAAAAACUCUGACGAUUUGAGCAAACUAGAAGAAAUGUAUACCACCUUCUCAAAUGCCUCAAAAAAUAUGGGCCUGAAAGUAAACGAGGAGAAAACUAAGAUGAUGGCAUCAACACCCAACAAUAGAGCCAGAAACAUCGGUCACCAAGUCACUGUUGAUAAUUCUACCUUUGAAGUGGUGGACAAAUUCACAUACUUAGGCUCCCUGAUCACCAAAGAGAACGUUAUGACGCAAGAAAUCAAGCGAAGGAUAAUCCUAGCAAACAAAUGGUAUUUUGGACUGAGUAGACAUAAUAUGAGAAGCAGAAACUUAAGCCAAAAAACAAAAAUUACCAGAUACAAAACCCUUAUACAACCAGUGUUGACAUAUGGAUCGGAGACAUGGACCAUCUCCAAGGCAGAUAAAAACCUGCUUAUAUUUGAACUAAGGAUCCUGAGAGGCAUAUUCGGUGGCAUCUGUGAAAAUGGUAUUUGGAGGAGGAGGUACAACGACGAGGUAUACCAAAGAUAUAAAUAUAUUUGGUGGUAAAGACGUAGUAUCUCUUAUAAGGAUCACAGGAAGACAUCUAGCAAUAUCACAGCAUAACAACCCUCCUAGAAGAAUCCUUAUGUCACAACCUGUGGGAAGUAGAAAUAGGGGUAGGUCAAAACUUAGAUGGAAAGAUGGUGUAGAUGAGGAUGGGAGAAAAAUAGGCGCAGCAAACUGGCAACGGUUGGCAAUGGAUAGGACUGACUGGCGUAAUAGACUUGGGAAGGUCGAGGCUCUUUCAUAGGGCUGUAGCACCAUUGGUGAUGAUGACGAUUUGAGCAGGGCGUAAGGAAAUGGGCGAGUCACAAAGUUUCACAACAAAAAAGCGAAUAUCUCGCGAAAUUAACGUCAGAUGAAAAAUUAAAAAAUACGUAUUCAAUAUUUUUAAAAAAUCCAUCGAAUGAUGCCAAACACGAUCCACCACGGAGAGGGAUGGGGGGUAAAUUUAUAAUUUUAAAUAGGAACCCCGCGAUAUUUCGCAAAAUGAACAUCUGAUCGAAAAACUGAAAAAUACAUGUAUUCAAUAUUUUUGACAAAUCUAUUGAAUGAUACCUAAAAUGAGACCUGACGGGGGUGGGGUGGAGGGUAACUUUAAAAUCUUGAAAUAGGAGCCCCCAUUUUUUAUUGCAGAUUUGGAUUCCUUAAGUAAAAAUAAGUAACUUUUACUCGAGACAUUUUUUCGAAUUAGGGAUAGAUGGCGCUAUAAUCGGUGUAUGUUUACUAGCAGAUAUUGAACGAAACAAGUAAUAAAAUCUAAUUACAACACCUGCUAUGAAUCUUUUUAUCCCUUCUGAUAGCUCUAAUAUGGAAAGAAAAUGAACUUUCUCAAUAGGCCCAAUAAAUACACAUAUUCAAAUCAAUCUGAUUGGUAAAAUUUCAAAACGAAAACAAAGGAAAUAUAAUAAAGGAAAAAUAAUAUAGGUAAUUAAAACCACUUACCGAUACACCUUGUCGAAUGCGAAAAACUAGGGAACUAACGAACAACGAUGUCGAUGGGUGCACACACGUUUCUGGUCUCGAUGCAUCUCAUCUGUUUUUCCUAUGCCAUAGGGGUAGAAUCUUGCAUUUCAAGUGUGGUACCCGCUCGACCCACCUCUCAUUCCUUAACUGCGAUAUCGAUAAGAGGAACACAUGGAUAGCAAGGAACACGGGCUUCGAGAAGGGUAACAAUGGGAUAUGCUUUGGAACUAUUUACACAACCAAACCAAUUUAUCGGAAUUCCAACAAUCGGAAAAAACGAUUUUUAGAAAUGGAAAAUUAAAUGAAGAAAUUGAAAAUCCCCACUAAAAUGGAAAAUGUAGGUUUGUUAUUUAUAGAAAAAGACAGCAAAUACAAAAUAAGUGAUUGAUGUGAUCGUUCAUGGGAAAUCUUUCAUUUUUCCGACUGUAUGUUUGGUUUUUAGGACCUAAUCUUCACAACCCAAUAGGUCCCCAUAAUGCUAGAGUAACUGCAAAUUUGGCAUCCUUCCCUCCCCUACUACUAUUUCGAUUGUUGUUGUUUUUUCACCAUGUUAUUAACUUUUCUCUAACCACAUUAUUGCUUUGUGAUACUCAUAAAAGUAUUGUAAUAUGUUCCUACGAGUAUGUAAUACUCGUAACAUUUUUUUACUUCAAGUUUCUAAUGUAUUGUAUGUUAUUUUAGAGAGUUUAAAUAUUUUACAAAUAGUAUAAGAAAGCCUAUAGAUGUUGAACACAUGACUUUAUUUUUUACAAUCAAUUAAAAUUUAUUCCAUAAGCCAUCAAUCUUUUUGUAGGUACAUACUAUAAUAUAUUUACCACAACAUAUUACCAACCAAGGAUUUGUGGACAGCGCAAAAACGACGGUUUAACCUUGUCCUUGCCGUCCAGUUAAAAUUAUUUAAAAAUCUUUUUGAAAAUUUUUGGACUAAAUAUUCGGCGUAUAACAUAUUAUUUUCAAUCAACUGAUAUUCUUCUUUUUGUGUAGACAUGAAUCUGUCUGUUUUUUCAAUGUGUCUCUAGUAAGUUGUUCCAUCGUUUUCGUGGUCUUCCCACUGAUCGUCUUUCUAUUAGGAAACCGUCUCUUGCCGUUUUUACUACUAUAUUUGUUGUCAUUCGGCUUAUGUGUUUAUUCCAUUCUGUUUUUCACCCAGUUAUUAAUGUUCUUCACCUUGCAUCUCCGUUGUGUAUCUUUACUUCUAACUCUGUCCCAUACCUUACCAUCGACUUUUCGCUGUGUUUUCAUCUCUGCUGUUUCGAGCAAUCUUUUUGUCCUCUCUGUGUCGGGUCGUGUUUUUGCCGCGUAUGUCAUUAUUGAUCUGAUGACUGUUUUGUAAAUUCUGUCUUUCAUUUCUGUCCCGAUAUUUUUAUUUUUCCAUAUUGUUUGCAGCAUGCGGCUCUGUUUGCUCUAUUCAGUUGAUCUUCCACUUCUGUUUCGAGCUUUCCGUAGCUACACACUGUGAUGCCUAGAUAUUUAAACUCAAUCACUUUUUCUAUCAUCUGAUUCUUCAGCUAUCAAUUCUAAAAUAUGAAAACCAUAUGGUUUUCUUAUUGGGAUUACUUUGUUAUAUCCGAUAUACCUACUAUAAGAAUAUCCAGGUUGCAAGCCAGGUUGCAAAUGGAUUUUUUGGGUACUAUAUACCUAAUACAUUAUAAAUACAAAAAUUCCCGUCACAGUUCGGACGAGAAACUUAGUUAUUAACAAAUAAGGGUAAAAAAUGGCAGUUUUUUCGUUUAAAUCACUACAGGUAAAAACAGGGUAAUUAAAUAUCUUAUUUAUAAUAUACUUCUUUUUGUAGAUGAGCCAAGGUUUAAAAUUUCACUUUUUGAAUUUUGGUCAGGAAAGUGCAAAAUAAGACUAAAAUUUCAAAAAUAAAAAAUGUGCUAUAACUUUUGCGAAAAUGGCCUUAAGACUUUCAUAUUGCACGAAAAGUUGAGUCAAACAUUCCAUAUAUUGCACAAACAAUUUUAAGACGAUUCGUCAAUUAGUUUAAAUUUUAUUCAAUUUGUUUAUCGCAAAGAGCUUUUUUUCGCAAUGUUCUUGUUCAGAAAAUAAUAAUGACAUAGCAAUUCUGUGGAAACAACAUGUAAGAAUAAUAGUUAUAUUUUUAAAGUAUUGAAAAAAAUCAUUAAAAAGUCCUUUUUAUCACUACGAAAAAAGUUUAGUAAAAUAGAGUCAUUUUUGACUUCUAAACAAUUUGAAUAACUUUAUAUUGACUAUAGAGUAAAUCAACUUUAAGAUUUCAAAAGCUGGUAUUUUUAUACGAAUUUUCAGGAAAAUAACUUUUUGCCUAGGUUAAUUGGGUUCAAAGUUAGCCACUUUUAUUAUUUAAUUCGCAGUUACUUAUAUAUACAUCAAAUUCUCCUGUAACAAUGUUAGUUACCCUACUACUCCGAAACGGCUUGGCCAAUUUUUAUAAAAUUUUACACGUUUAUUUUUUAUACCCAUAAGUUAUAAGGGUUUUUUUUUAUUUUUUUGGACAAAAUUAUUUACCUUAAUUUUCUAUGUAGAAUUAAAAAAUACAUACAACCCUUAAUUUUCACUCUUCUAUCACCAACCCCUAUUUGUUAAUAGCCAUCUAUAAAAUUCUCCUGUCACAGUGUUAGUUUCCAUAAUCCUCCGAGACCGCUUGAUUUUUAUGAAAUUAUAUAUGUAUAUUCGGUAGGUCUUAGAAUCGGUCGUAAUCUAUUUUUCAUAUCCCUGAGUGAUAAGGGGAGUUCCCCCUAACAUUUUGUAAUGUUAGGUGGGGUUGUGUGUACAUAACGUACUCUAUAAGACUACGAGUACAUACAAAUUUAAAAAAUUAUGAUCAAAAUCCAUCAACAAGUUCCAACGAUAUUAAUCGUAGCAUAUGUUUGCAGAAUCAGUUUCAUUUUUUGAGUGCACGUAUUUUAGUAAUUCCCCUCCACCGACCACGAAUUAAUUCCGUUCGGACGCCAUAUUUAAAGCUUUAUUAACCACUCUGUUAAGGUUCAAAGUUUACUCAAACUUUUACAGAUUACCUAUAUACCUUCAACUUCAAAAUGGCUCUAGUUAGGUUGCUUAAUUGUUAUAAACAAAGUAGCUGUCGAUUAAAUAAAAAAAAGUGGCUAACUUUGACCGUAAUUAACCUAGGCGAAAAGUUUUUUUUUUUAAAUUCGUAUAAAAAGACCAGUUUUUCAAAUUACAUUGUAGUUUUAGCCUACAGUCAAUAUUAACUAAGUUAUUCAAAUUGUUUAUAAGCCAAAAAUGACUCUAUUUUAGUAAAAUGUUUUCUGAGUGAUAAAAAUAACUUUUUAAUGAUUUUUUUAAAUGCGUUGAAAAUAUGACUAUUCUUCUUUCAUGUUAUUUUCACAGAAUUGCUAUAUUAUUAUUAUUUUCUGAACAAUAACACUGCCAAAAAAAGCUCUUUGGGAUAAACAAAUUAAAUAAAAUUUAAACUAAUUGACGCAUCGUCUUAAAAUUUUUUGUGCAUUGUAUGGACUGUUUGACUCAACUUUUCAUGCAAUAUGAAAGUCCUAAAUUCAUUUUCGCAAAAGUUAUAGCAAAUUUUUUAUUUUCGAAAUUUUAGUUUUAUUUUGCAAUAUCCGAAGCAACAAAUACUCGGAACAAAAUUUAAAAUAACGCUAUUUUAAACCUUGGCUCAUCUACUGAAAGAAAAAUAUUAUAAAUGAGACAUUUAAUUACCCUAUUUUUACUUGUAGCGAUUCAAACGAAAGAACUCUCAUUUUUGACCCUUAUUUGUUAAUAACUAAAUUUCUCGUCCAAACUGUGACGGGCAUUUUUGUACGAAUAAUGUAUUGGGUAUAUAGUAACCAAAACCCCAUUUGCAACCUGGCUGCUCAAGUGUCCCGAACAUGACUGACGUGUUGACCACGUAAAAUUCAUACCUGAUGUCGUUUUAAAACAAAACAAGGAAAUAAUACAAUUAAUUCGAUUCAAUUAUUUUUUUUGAGAUGUGGGUAUACAGACGACUAUUAAUAUGAAUCUGGGUUGACAGAGUUAGAAAUGGAGAAGUCCUUAAUCGGCUGAAGCAGACAAUACAACUGGUCAAUGUAAUAAAGAGACGCAAGCUGGAAUACUGCUGUCACAUUAUAAAAGACCCUAAAAAUAUGAACUUUUGUAUCUGAUCAUUUAGUGAAAGAUCCAAAGUAAACGAGGUCCUGGUAGAAGAAUAAAAUCAAAAGAUCAAGAAUAUCAUGUCUGAAAAAUCUAAGACAAUGUUACGGAAAAUCUGGAACUAGAAGAAUUAUUUUAUGAUACGUAGUUUACGUAUAAAAGUCAUUUUCUGACUCUCAUUUAUUGGAGUUAACUUUAAUUCCUGCAAAAUCUUUGGUCAAUUAACUACUCGUCCCGCUGGUUUGGACCGCAUCUUUUUUGGACGAUUCGUAUGCGAGUCCAUCUUAACGUUUCGAUAUUAUGGAAAGCCGCUUCUUCAGGAGCUACGGAAGGCUGUUGAUCACGGCAACUCAAGUACUACAGUAACUCGAAACUUUUGACGUAAUGAAAGAUGAAAUUCAGAACCACUUUACAGAGGCCCUUAUGUAGCUGAUUGUUUAUUAUCAUCAUCAUUCAGCUUCAAAAGUCCACUGCUGAACAUAUACCUCUUCCUCGUGUUUCCAACCUCGUCUAUCAUGUGCUGCUCUUAUUCAGUUUUUGUUUAGCCUUUUUAAAUCGUCAGUCUACCGUGUAAAUGGUCGGCCGACGCUUCUCUUGGUCUCUUUUCCAAUAACCUAUUUGUUCAUCACACAUCUGUCAUUCUAGCUAUGUGUCCUGCCCAUCUCAAAUUUCCUGCUCCCUUCAUUUGCUGCCCAGGUGCCCCGCACCCCCGGCCAUAUGUCUAAAUAUACUAUAGUAAACAUUUUUUUUAAUACACAAGUGCCUUGGGUAAUAUUAUCUUCUAAUACUUUUGAUACUUUGUGCUCACCAUUACCAAACUAUUUUUAAUGUUUGUCGAUCCCUACAUUACAAUUAAAAUAUAUUUGUUUUGAGAUUAUCUGUCUACAAAUUACAAUUUAUUGAAAUGAGAUUGCAUUUCUCAUUUCAAACCUAAAAUGUGAUGUUAAAGUGAUUGAAGAUGAUUUCAAUUUUAAAUUGAAAAAGUAGUAUAUAUUAUAUUAGUAUUAUUUUAAACAGUCUAAUCUUUGUUUUUAUGAUUUCUGAUCUAUUCUAUUUAUUGAUACAAUUAUUUUUAUAUAUUUAUUUGUUAACAUUUCAAAUUAAUAAAUCUUGUUAAAUUUCA